AUGUCGACAAUAGCCUCUCCCCGCCCCAGCUCGUCCGUCCGCACCCCCUCAUUAACCCGCACAUCCAUCGACAGCAGCUCGUCGCACCGGCCACCCCCGCAGCCCGCCCGCCGCAACCGCGCCGCCCUGCGCGAAUUCUAUGGCCUCAAACCCGCACCCAAAGACGUAAGCGCCGAUGUCAGGAUAUCCGAGGAAACGACGACAAACCCAUUGGGACCCGAGGAAGACGAGACACUGACGGAGCUGGACGCUUCGGACUUCAACGCCGAAGCCUACGUGGAGAGUCUGCUUGCACGAGAGGGGCUCAAGGGCGUGUUGAAAGUAGAAGCAGACUUGAUAUCACAAAUCCGAAAUCUGGACAGCGACCGCAAAUCCCUCGUCUACGACAACUACUCCAAACUACUUUCUGCUACCAGCACCAUCCGUCGCAUGCGCGGCAACAUGGAUCCCCUCGCGCCUACCACGCAUACGCUUGGACCUGCCAUAUCGCAUAUUGCCGAGACAGCAGCGGCACUAUCGUCGUCGUUGCACGAAAGCCACCAGCCGAAACAAGAAGGAUUGGGAAUCAGUAUGCGAGGAGAACAAGACGGGGCAGAGGCAGACAAGAAGCGGAAGCAGAAGGAAACUGUAAAGUGGGUGCUCGACACGCCAAGACGGCUGCAGAUACUGGUUGAUCAGGAGCGCGAGGAGGAGGCGGAAAAGGAGUGGGAGGAGGUUAGUGCGAUACUGGACAAGUGGAAGGGGGUGGAUGGUGUGCAAGAGCUUAGGGAGCAGUGCGAGGCUAUUAUGCAAGAAGAAGAA